CAAUAGUCCAUUGACCCAGACUUCCCUCACUUUUAACAUUUCAAGACUUAAACUCCAAGUUGUCACAAGCAAAUCCUACAACAAGCGAUGGCAGCUAGAAGCAUGAUGGAAGCAAUGCUUGCGGCGGUGGCUAUAGUUGCAGCGACUUUAUGGACAGGAGCUGUGGCACAAUCAAGUUCAAGUUGCACCAGUGUGCUCGUUAGCAUGUCUCCAUGCCUGGAUUAUAUACAAGGAAACUCAUCAAAGCCAUCUUCUUCAUGCUGCUCCCAGCUUGCUAAUGUUGUGAGGUCACAGCCUCAGUGCCUCUGCGAGGUCCUUAAUGGUGGUGCCUCAUCACUUGGAGUCAGUGUUAAUCAGACUCAGGCCACGGCUCUCCCAACAGCUUGCAAUGUUAAGACUCCCCCUGCUAGCCAGUGCAAUGCUUCUUCUCCCUCCGACUCCCCAUCAGGAACAUCAGAUUCUCCUUCAGGUGGUGCGUCUAAGACUGUUCCAACAACAGACGAUAGCACAUCAACUGGGAACUCCACUAAGCUCUCAUUUUCAAAGCUCUUCGUCUUGCUCUUCAUUGCGUUCCAGGCUUCAAGCUUUAUCACCGUCUAAGCUUCCGUCACAUUAUGCCCCUGAUGGACCCUCUGUUACCACCAUUUAAGUAGAUACAUAGGGAGUGCAGUUUUUUCUUUGUUGAUUUUCAAUGUGUCAUUAAAUUAUUUGGAGGAAUAAUUUAUUGGGGAAUGUAUUGGGUUAUUUGGUUUUCUUCAGAUUUCUAAAUUCUAAUAAAAAUAUGUUUUGCAUUUUCA